AUGAAGUUGCUCGCAAUUCGGUUCGCGAAGGACGUCCAAGCCAGGCCUACUCUUGUCCCUCACUCCCCUCACCCUCCAUUCCGCCCCCUUGAAAACGCAGCCUUCCGAUUUCCCCUCUGCCUUGAAGGCUUUCCUCUCAUUUCGCUGCGCUCUGGGCGUGGUAUCCUCCCUGUGACGCUGUCGUCGUCACACCUCCGCCCUUCCGAAAUGCUGGAUAACGAACCUACCGCCGACGACGGCGACACUCGUCGCACACCCGACGCGUCGCAGCCGCAGCCGGGCGACGACGUCGCCGGCGACGGAAACCCCGGCGGCGACAAUGCCGGCGAUGACGACGACGACGACGACGACACUCCCGAGGGUCGUGCGACGCAGCUGAACAUGUACCUGUCCGACGACGGCGAAGUUCUUGACCUCACUGGUAACCAGCUCAAGGAUCUCGCCGGCAUUCCCCUCCCACCGACUCUCACCGAUCUGGACCUCACCACCAACCGCCUCGCCGCGCUGGACCCGCGGAUCGGCGAUCUGGAGCGGCUGGAGAAGCUGUCGUUCCGACAGAACCUUAUAACGGAUGCCGCUGCAGCGGGGUUGAAGGAUCUGACCCGGCUGACGUCACUCAAAGAGCUCGUGCUGAGGGACAACCUCUUGAAGAAGGUGCCUCUUGUGUCGCCCCUCACGGCGCUCUCCUUGCUCGACCUCUCCUACAACCACAUCCACGCCAUGGCUCCCCUCGCUACUGCCCCCUCUGGCGUGCGCGAGCUGUAUCUGGCGAACAACCGCAUCGGCCACAUUGAGGCGCUCGAGGGAUUCACCCAGCUCAGGCUGCUGGAGCUGGGGUCGAAUAAGAUACGGGAGAUGGAGCACCUAUCGCACCUGACAGCGCUGGAGGAGCUGUGGGUGGGGCGCAACAAGAUUAAGGAGGUGCACGUGGCGGGGCUCACAGCGCUGGUCAAGAUCAGCGUGCAGAGCAACCGACUCACCUGCAUGCGCGGAUUCGAGACCUGCACGCGGCUACAGGAGCUGUAUCUGAGCAACAACGGCAUCAGUGUGAUGGAGGGGCUUGAGGCGCUCACCAACCUGCGUAUCUUGGACCUCGCUGCCAACGCCAUCACGCACGUGCAGGGGCUAGACACCCUCACCAGGCUGGAGGACCUGUGGCUGAACGACAACCGCAUUGAGUCGCUCCAGCAGCUCAUGGCCGCGCUGGACGGCCCCAAGGCGUCGCUCGUGACACUCUACCUCGAGCGCAACCCCUGUGCGCAGGAAGCGGGAUACAUUGAGGCUCUGGCAAAGAUGCUGCCCAAGGCAGUGGAGAUCGACUCCAAGCCCGUGAGGUGA